AUGACCAACGUAGCCGACUCCCGCUUACCUAUGAACUGGACCGGCGUUUUUCGAAUGAACAGUGAUACUGCUCUUGAAUCGCACCGGUCUUACCACCUAACGGGUGCAAUUUUACCAAGGAGCAACCGAGACGAUACAAUUUUCUUGGUAGUGUCCAGUUCAGUAGUUGCGCUCAGCGACUAUGCCGCUCAACAGCCUGCGCCUGUUCCGGUCCUUACAGUUACUGCUCGCGGCCAUAUAGUACAAUGCGUUCGAUGUAUGACCGUGGGGCAUGGGGAAGGCGUAUGGGCCAUUACGGCGAUGCACAACGCCUGGGAUGAUAGUUCACAGUUGGGUAGAUUCGUCCAUUUCACGGCGGUAUACGAAGCAUCUCCAAUGCUGUUUGACUCAAUCGGGGGCCAGAAUUUGAACGUGGGCAACGUCAUAGAUUUCAGCGGUGUGGUAAAGAAUUAUUGGGCACGGGGUAGAGUAUGGGUCGUGGAGCAUAAUCUUAUGGUAUCAUGUAGUGAUAAACAACACGGUCAUAGAACUGCCUGCAUGAAAAGGCCGUUUACUGGCUGCAUACCUUGCUGGCCUGUAGGCUCAGCUGGAAUCAAUAGUUUAAAAGUCCCUGGUUGA